AUGCCCGGCGUCCACGAAGAUAUAGGUUCGGAGGUGAUCCCGAAUCCCCAGGAGUAUGCUGGGACGAUAUGUCCUAGGCAAUUUACUCUCCGGGACCGGGUGACGGUCGCGACUCUCGUGCCGUUUAUCUCCGUUGCCCAAGUGCCUCAUGGUCUACUGGGGUAUCUCUCCGACCAGCUGAACAAGGAGAUUGAGAAAGGUGAUACAUAUACCAUGAUUGACCCAAUCCCGCUCGAAAAGUUUGCGCCGUGGUGGUUCGCGAAUAUUGGGGCUAUCAUGCUUUUGGGCGAUAUACAAGACGUACAUGAUGUUCAACUUAUGGAGCACAAUGGCACUGAUUGGACAAAAGUGUGUCUGGGUAGCUUUAAUAUUAGACCGAAUUACCCAGGUCGUAGCAGUCAUGUGUGCAAUGGCAUGUUUCUGGUCACUGAUGCCUCCCGUAACAAGGGUGUGGGUAAGUUGAUGGGAGAGGGCUUUCUUGAAUGGGCGCCAAGACUGGGUUACACAUAUUGCGUGUUUAAUCUCGUGUACGAGAGUAACAUAGCUUCGUGUCGGAUGUGGGAUUCAUUAGGAUUCAAACGUAUCGGCAGAGUUCCGGGUGCCGGCCAUCUAAAGUCCUACCCAGGCCAACUGGUCGACGGUAUCAUCUACGGACGCGAUCUGAGCGUCGAGGGUGACGAAUCCAUUACUCAAGAGAGAUUUGACAAGAUUCGGUAUUAUUUGAAACAUGCAAAAUAUCCUCGAGGAGCAGAUCGUGCCGAGAAGAGCCGUUUGAGGAGCGCAGCAACGCACUAUAAACUCAUUGGCGGAGAAGACGGAGAGCCUGAAAGACUGAUGCUGAAGGACAAGGAGGUUAUUUCCGAUCCUCAGCAACAGUACGAAAUAGCUCGACAGGUUCAUUUGGAAAGUCAUGGUGGAAUCAACAAAACCACGGCUACAGUGGCAUUGAAAUACCACUGGGUUCGCAUUAAAGAGACUGUCAGUCGAGUAAUUCGCGACUGUCCUAAAUGCAAAGAGGCUUCCAAAGCUCCUCCUAUCCUAAAUGGUGGGAGAACCUCCGAACCUCCCAGCAUCAAGCCUAUCAGUGAGAUUGAGACUGCUGUUACGAAUAGUCUGAUUUCACACACGGAGCAUUUGAUAGCGGAUGCAACGCAUGUCCACGCAAGUCCCUUUACUCAAACUCAUACGACGGAAGUACAUACAAUGUCAGAUGACACCAUGCCGGACUAUACACACCUACCACUCGACCCGCAAAUGAUUGAUAUGAACUCUCACCUUUCUCGCUUUCAGCAUCAUCACAGUAUGGGUACUGGGUACGACCAAAGCCACGGAUUACCUCAUGCAGUGUUUGAGGAUGAGCUUAGGGCUCAUCAUCACAACGAGUACCAGGCUAUGGUUACGGAUGACUCUGAGGCUGAAGCAUUGCAACGGGAUGCCUUGAAUCUGGUGAAUACGCAACUGACGGACUCUCAGCAUGAACAGGAGAUGUUGUCUAGAUAUGUGGAUCGAUCCGAUGAUGAGCUUGAUUUUCCUUGA